AUUUGGAGCCCUGGGUUGACGGUGUCACGUGUUUCCGCUUUGGCCUGCCGCCUCCUUCCGUGUAUGGUUACCAUAGUAACAGACCCGGGCGAGAGUUUGGGCGAGCUGCAGCAGGUGAAGUUACUUUAACAGCAUUAAGUUAAGCCAUGAGUGCAGAUGCAGUUUCCUCUCUUCAAUAUCAGUACACCACUGGUGACAACAGUGGGAAGGUCCCUGUGGAGCACCUGGACUAUAAAUAUAUUGAAGAAUGCAAAGAUGUAAAAUACCUGGAAAAGAUCUUGAGAGUACUGAGGUCAGGUGAUGAAGGCAUUUAUCCUCAUCUUAUCAAUUUCUGUGAGAGUCACUUGGAGAAACUGGACCCAAGAAGCCGAGCUCUCAGGAAGACAAACCCUGUGGCCACAGCAGCCAGCCUCUCUAGAGAUGAGUGGAGCCAAAUUGUUGAUGAGUUGAAGAUGUGGCAAGAGGAAACCCAAAAGACUGAGACCUCAUUAAAACAGCAUUCAAUGUUCGACGAUGAAGUGAACAAAAAUAUACCACCUGUGAGAGGUUCCAACUUCUCCGUUCCGAUAAGCCAGACUUUACUUCCAAAAGAAAAGAGGAAUUCUUCAAAACACACUCUCCCACGUGAUUAUCGAGAAUGGGACAAGUUUGAUGUGGAAAAGGAAUGUGAAAGAAUUGACAGGAAUGUCACUGAAAAGGAUCCACAUGUCAUUAUGAAUAACGGACAGCCCAAAAUCAAGACUAAAGUUGAUGCUUCAUUGCUGACACAACAGGAGAAGCUCCUUUUGGCAAAUCGUGAAAAGGACAAAGGCAAUGAAGCUUUCAGAGCAAACGAUUAUGAGGAGGCCAUUGCCUACUACUCCAGAAGCCUUUCCAUUAUACCAACUGUGGCUGCAUUCAACAACAGAGCCCAGGCAGAGAUCCACCUCAAGCACUGGCACAGUGCUAUGAGAGACUGCCAGAGGGUACUGGAGCUGGAGCCAGGCAAUGUUAAAGCCCUUCUACGCCGUGCCACUGUUUAUCAUCACAUGGGCAACUUCCAAAUGGCAACUGAAGAUUUGAAGAUCGUACUGAUGGAAGAGCCGCAGAAUGCUGCUGCCACUCAACUCCUGUCUAAAACUGAGAAGAAGAUAAAGGAAUGUCAACCAGAGCAACGCAAAGGCAAAAAAAUCCCUAUCCAAGAAGUAGAAGAGGAAGAUGACAACAGUUACGAUGAGAGAAAAUCCGAACAGACUGCUUGUCCGGUUGAACCUAGCCAGCCUGUGGGAGGGGAGGAGAGCUCAGCCGCUCCUGCUGAAAGGGGAGACAUGGGAAACGCUCAAAAAAAGCCCCACGGCAGAGGGGACGGGGGUCCACACAGUGAGCACAACAACUCCCACCAUGGACACUGGAGGAGCAAAGGAGGCAACUCUGACAAGUACAAAGUCACACAGGAAAAGGUAACCAAUGGAACGAGCAAGAGGGGCUCGACAGCUUCAGUCCAGGCGGAUCAGAGCAGCAGCGGUAAGGGGACUUCGGUUGGAGGAAAUACAGGGGAAACUGUCAACCUUGAUGCUCCAUGUGGAGCCCUGCCCCCACCUCUGUCCCGGCUAAAGAAUGAGGGAAACCUGCUGUUUAAAAAUGGACAGUUUGCCGAUGCACUGGAGAAAUACUCACAAGCCAUCCAAGGCUACACAGAUUCAGGGCUAGAUAGUCCAGAGGAUCUAUGUGUUCUGUAUUCUAACAGAGCUGCUUGCUACCUGAAAGACGGCAACAGUCAAGAAUGCAUACAGGACUGCACAAGAGCCCUGGAGCUGCAGCCAUUCUCACUCAAACCCCUCCUGCGCCGGGCCAUGGCUUAUGAGUCCCUGGAGCGCUACCGUAAGGCCUACGUGGAUUACAAGACCGUCCUGCAGAUAGACAUCAGUGUGCAGGCAGCACAUGACAGCGUCAACAGGAUCACACGGCUGCUGAUUGAGCAGGAUGGUACAGAGUGGAGAGAGAAACUUCCAGAAAUUCCCCUGGUACCUCUUUCAGCUCAGCAGCACCGCAGAGAGGAACCACCCAGUGCAGAGGUCCUCCAGGCUCGAGCAGAGAAGGCGGCCCGGGAUGCAGAAAGAAGAGCAGAAAUCCAUUUUACAGCUUUGAAGCAAGAAGGGAAUGACUUUGUGAAGAAGGGCCAAUACCAGGACGCUCUGGGAAAGUACACUGAAUGCCUUAAGAUAAAGCCUGAUGAGUGUGCUAUCUACACUAACAGAGCCCUGUGCUAUUUGAAGCUGGAGAGGUUUACUGAAGCCAAGCAGGACUGUGAUGCAGCACUGAAAAUGGAGCCAACCAAUAAGAAGGCCUUCUACAGACGAGCCUUGGCCAAUAAAGGCCUCAAGGACUACCUGGCAUGCAGCACUGACCUGCAGGAGGUGCUGCAGCAGGAUCCCAACGUACAAGAGGCUGAGAAAGAGCUUGAGGAGGUCACAGUGCUGCUCAGACAGAGUCUGGCCAAUGCCAAGGCUUCACCAGCCAAAAACAGGAAGACUGUCCCCAUCACAGAGGUUGAAGGUGAUGAGGAAACACCAGCCGUUCCUAGCUCAGAGAGCAGCCGCAGAGGAGCGGACAUCUCCAUCAACCUCCAGCCGGCCAAUGCAUACGAGUUCGGCCAGGCUCUGAACGCAGCUCGCUGCUGUGGGAACACAGGUGCCUGCGCUGACCUGCUGGCCUCCACAGCCCCGGAGAUGCUUCCCCAGCUCCUGAGCACCCAGCUGGAUGGACACACCAUCAGCUUCAUCAUGCAGGGGCUCGACACCCACCUGGAGAAAGACCCCAACCUGGUCUAUCAACACCUCAAUCAUCUGCAUACAGCCGACAGGUUCUCGGUUGUACUGAUGCUGCUGGAGAAGGACGAGCGUCGCCACAUGACUCAGCUGUUUGAGCAUCUGUCCGCCGUGGAGAGUGCCGAGUUCACUAAGAACGAUGUUCAGAAUCUGGCCAACAAAUACAUCUGAACCUCCUCCCACUACUCUCUGCUGCAUGAGCUGCUGCACCACUACAACUCUUGGAUCUAUGCAAAACACUGCACAAGAACUGACUACACAAAGGCGGGAAGCAGCAGAAUGUGCCCCAGAGCAAUACAAUGGAACUGAGUCACAUUCAUACAAUUGGUCUGUGCUGUAAAUGAUUUGAUCACUGUAUGUUUGAGUGACAGUUUAAGGAAUAUAUUUUUCUCUCCAGAAUGUUUUACUAUGCAGAUUUACUUUUGUACCACCACUAAGCAUUAGCGUUGGACAGCAGGAAGUGGGACACUGUGGACCUUUCACUUUAAUCUACUGAUAAUUUGGGCCCCAUGUAAACUGUUAUGUAAGGCUAAAGGUGCUUCCCUGACAGGCAGGUGAGUUUGCUCAGGACAGACUCAUGUUACCACAAAUGAGCUCCAGUUCAAUAUGGAGCAUUUCCAGCUUCUGUCAGACACCAGCUAUGAACAGAGGUAUUCAGUGCUUGCUGAAUAUUACAAAGUAAAGGAACAUGUGAGGUCAUUUGCUACUUAAGCUAAUUAAGAUGUCCCUUGCUGCAGGACAAAAACUCAAAAUAAAGGAGGGGGUUUUAUUAUGACCAGAUGUACUGCAUUAUUGCUGCAGAAUAAAUUAUAUUGUAUUGCUAUGAUAACAGUAUCUGUUGGACUGAUAUCUACUAGCAAUGUUUUAGGAGAAAUACAGUUUGUAUCCAUACAUGA